AUGAAGGCAAAUUCUCAUCGCAUCUUUGGGGGAAAUUUCGUCAGCAGCAAUGCGUCAGAGAGGUUUUUUAUCACUGCUAAAGAUGGUUCACGAGCAGUAGCAAUUGAGGAUUCUACGGUGAGAUGGUGCGAUACAUCUGAUCAGGAUUAUAAUUUCAUGCCGUUAUUAUCUAAACUGGGCGGGUUCAAGCAUGCAGUGGUCUCGAAGGACGCGGAAUAUGUGUGUCUGUACAGCGACGUCGAGUUUAGAAUGAUUGAGAUCCCGUGGGGCUACAAAGAUGCUUCCAGCAUGGCUAGAGCGUUCCAAAAGUGCUCCCAUAAGCUGGGCAGAGGUGAGGCAAGAUAUAAACAGAUUCUUUUCCAUCCGCUAGCUUGUCAGCAAAACACUUUAGUUAUUCUGAAAGAUGAUGACUCCGUUACUAUAGCGUACUGGAAAGAUAUUACAGGGACCAAGGAUGUGGUUUUGAAUCUUUCUGGCGGUGCAUACAGUCUCGAUUCGUACGUUAGCGAUAUUGAGAGUAUUACGUUUGGGGUGGACGGUAUCACACUUUAUGCGCUGAGCAUCAGCGAAGGGGCGGAUAUCUAUUCCUUUUAUCCAUGUUUACCUCCAGUGAUUGAUAUUCCAGAAAAUCUCUUGGAUGAGUUGAUGUACAAGUCGUUGAUCCAGUACGAGGAACUGACCGCUGAAACCAAGUCCGAGAUAAAGGAGAAUACAAUAAAGCAGCUACAGUUCGUUUCAAAACUUCGUGGAUCUCAAAGUGGCGUGAAGUCGCGGGAAAUUCAUUCUGAAUUGCGCCAAGUCCGUGCUCAGGGCCCUUUCACUAUGGCGCCGUUCCCAGAUGAAAUAUACGGCUGCAACGGUCGCAUGAUCUGUAGCAUGCCGAUCGAUCAAAAUAAGCAACUACUUAUCAUGGCCUUAGACGAUGGCAAAGUUGCAAUUUUUUUCCAAGACCUCGAACCCACGAUGAACUGGGCAUUUGCGGGAUACAGCUUUAACAACUCUUUAGUCCUUGUUGAAUUGAUAAAGCUAGAAAUCAGAAGCAUCAAGCAAAUUAUGGUUGAGAAGAAAUUACCUGGUCGGUUUUCAGUCCUGGCCGACAAUGGCAUGGUUUCAGUCGACACAACCAGGUGGUCCACUGUCCUGGCGAAAUGUCUUGACGAGUCAGAUCUACGACCACUCGGUGCACUGGACUUCAAGAGUGAAACGACUUUCCUCCAAUACAAUAGCACGCCGCAAUCGGUAGCUUUCUGGUCGUCAAACACAGAACAAUGUAUUGUAACAGUAACGGCAACUAAUAUAAUGACUAAAGAAAUAAUCAGGAGACACGAAGAAUCGGAAGAAAUCAAAAUGUCCUCGGAAGAGAGCGUCCCUAAGAAAGCUUACGAAGCUCCAUAUUCCCAACACAUCGACGAAAUCAUGCAGCUGAGCCGAAGGUUUCAGAAGGAGUUGGCAAAAUCACCAGGAAAGAUCAUCGACCCACGAGACAGGCAGGUUCCGCUUAAUAAUGAGUCAAAUGAGAAACAACUCGAGCUUCUGACUGAAGUUUCCAAAGAGCUAUUCCAGAAGAUCGCCUUGGGACAAAGUCUGGGCGCGGCACUGCACAACAGACUACUGGAGCAGCAAUCCGACCUGUCCCACCAGCUGAAGAUCAGUGAAGAACUGAUUCACAAGCGAGACGGUAUCCAAGACACUCUUGCGUGGCAAACAACUCGAUUCGGUCAGCUUGAAGCCCGCCAUUCAAAGCUGAGAACCCGCUUGGACAAGCUGAAAGACAACUUGAGUAAGAUUGGGGAAUCAAACAAGUUCAAACAAAUGGCAAUUAGCAAGAAAGAGAUGGACUGGUUCAGGGAAAUCAGGGCUCAGGUACUUAUGUUUAACCAGAACGUUCGCAGCUACCAAAAGCAACACGAACAGCUCGCGUUCCUAAGGAAAGAGCUGGCCCGCAUCAGCACAAUGGGUGCCGAUAACGAGUCGAGAUCUCGUGAAGAAUGGCAAGAACUCCACCGCAUGCUGCAAGAGGACACCAGAAUUUUGCAGAAAUGCAGCCAUGAACUGAAUAUUGCCUCUCGUCAAGUGCCAGCUAAUCCCUAA